GUCAAGAAUUAACCGCCAUGGUAAUGAUCUUCAACGAUUUACCAGGCCGCGAAGAAACCUUCCCAGUCAAAGAAGAAGAUGAUGUGAAGCAACCGAAGAUAGGAAGCAUAAAAUACGCGUGUAAUAAUCCAAAAUGCAACUUGACGUUCAAAAGCGAGCGCCAACAUAAUAAACACUCCUUUGAUUGUUUGAAAAAUAAUUUACAGCCUGGAGAAAUAACUUUUGACCGAAAUGCGAAACUUAGAGAUGAAUCUAAAGAUAAUAAGGAGAAAAUUCCCUCAAAAAAUCCGGUGAAGCCCGUUAAGCCAAAGAAGACGUCUAAAAAAAUUGUGCAUCGUUAUAAAAUUGUCGACGGUCGCUACUCUUGCUGUAAAUGCUCGCGGUCCUAUAAAUAUAAACAAGGUUUAAGUUUACAUAUGAGGACCGAGUGUGGCAAAGAGAAGAAAUUUAUUUGCCCGUUUUGUGAAAAUUAUAGGACUUAUCACAAACACAGUCUUAGAAAUCAUGUAAAUAUUAUUCACGGCAAAGAAUUAUGAACUUCAGUCAUUAUUAAACUUAAUUUUCUUUAUUUUUGUACUUUGAAGAAUAAUUAGAAAUUAUUUUCGGUAAAAAAUAAUUA